CCCCUCCGGCCCCGCUGCCGGCGGCAGGUAGCUGGGAGGCUUUUCUCCACAGCGGCGGCCGGGCUGCACGCGGGUUCCCAUCUGUCCCCGCAGCAUCGGAGCUGCGGAACCGUCGGUCGCGGGUGGAGGCGGCCCGGGCAGCCCGCGGCGGGCGGGGUCCCGGUAGGCAGCGGAGCUGCGGAGCGCGCCGAGACGAUCCAAAACCGGCGGUUUCGGCUGAGAGGAGGUGUUGUACAGAGCUCCUGUUAUGGACCAGCAUCCCUCUGUCCUGUUCGCUGUCCCAGCAUAACAGACAAUGUCCCCGAUGUGCAGAACUUACUCUUUGAGCAGAAGAUACGAGAGAGGAGCCCAGGACAUACAAAUCUUGCAAGCUGACUGGAAGACACAGUGUGAAAGGUAAAUGGAAGAUUUGGAGACUAACUUAAUCCAGACACGCAAAGCAUGUAGAAUAGAGCAAAUGGUAGCCAAAUGGCUUCACCGCUCUCGGGAUGGUGCAUCCAGGGGCAGAGUGUCUAUGACAGACAGCACCAGUGAUGGCAGUGGCCAGCCUGCCAGCCAUGUCAAACUUACCAUCACAGUAUACAAAGAUUUGGUCCUCCAUCACUAUGGCUUUGAGAUUUGUCCAACUCUUCCUCUUACGAUUGCAUCUGUCACUGCAGGGAGCACCGCCGAAGGGAAGCUGCAACCGGGCGAUCAGCUCCUCAUGAUAAACUCAACUGCGGUGGAUGAUGUGUCUGUCGAACGAGCAGCUGACAUCAUCAGGGAGGCCGGUGAUGAGCUCCUCCUAACUGUCCUGCGCUGCACGUUGGGCGGGCCUAAGUCAUCAUUUCUUACUGCAGAGAAGAGGGCAAGGCUGAAAACAAACCCCGUGAAAGUACGCUUCGCAGAGGAAGUGCUGGUGAAUGGACACACACAGGGGAAUUCUCUUCUUUGUAUGCCCAACGUUCUCAAGGUAUACUUGGAAAAUGGACAGACGAAAGCUUUCAGGUUUGAGACGAGCACUACUGUGAAGGACAUUGUUCUCACCUUGAAAGAGAAGCUCUCCAUCCGGAGCAUUGCGCACUUUGCCCUCGCUCUGGAGGAACAGUACAAUGUGGCAAAGAUCCACCUGCUGCACGAGGAAGAGCUCAUUGAGCAGGUGGUCCAAAAAAGAGAAUCUCACGACUACCGGUGCCUCUUCAGAGUUUGCUUUGUCCCAAAGGAUCCCUUAGACCUCCUGCAGGAAGACCCAGUUGCCUUCGAAUAUCUCUACCUGCAGAGCUGCAGCGAUGUGCUUCAGGAAAGAUUUGCUGUGGAAAUGAAAUGCAGUGUGGCGUUACGUCUGGCUGCUCUGCACAUACAGGAGAGGAUCUAUGCUUGUGCUCAGCCACAGAAAGUAUCCCUGAAAUACAUUGAGAGGGACUGGGGAAUUGAAAACUUCAUCUCACCAACUUUGCUUCGAAACAUGAGAGGGAAGGAUAUCAAGAAAGCCAUCAGCUACCACAUGAAGCGGAACCAGGUGCUACUGGACCCUCGUCAGAAGCAUAUGCUCGCAGCAGUCCAAGUGCGCCUGAGCUACCUGCAAAUACUGGGAGACCUGAAGAUGUACAAUGGGAAGAUCUUUAAUGCCACCCUCAUGCUCCAGGACAGAGAAUCAUAUGUUGCCUUGCUGGUGGGUGCCAAGUAUGGGGUGAGCCAGAUUAUCAAUAAUAAGCUCAACAUCAUAACAAGUCUGGCAGAGUUUGCAAACAUCAGCAGGAUGGAGCUUACAGAGGAGUCUGAAAAAGUGAGCAUGGUGAAAAUCUACCUGCAGGACCUGAAGCUGCUGACUCUGCUGCUGGAAUCAAACAGUGCAAAAGAUCUUGUCUGCCUCAUCGUUGGCUAUUACAGACUGUUCGUGGAUGCAAAUGUCUCCAUAUUUACCUGGGGAGAGAAAAAACAGCAACUGCACCGUGUCUCAGCCGAAGAAGGGUAUGAAUCUCGAACCUGCAGUGACUCUGAAGACUCCUGGGAGCUGGAUUCCUCCUCAGAGCAUUGCUUGGACCAUCCUAUAGCAUACAGCAGUGCCCAUCAGGAGAAGCUGGGAGAGCUCCACAACCUGGAGAAGGACAGCACAAAGCCCCGAGCUGGAGGGAGCGACCAGUGCGAUGGGGGUGACAAUGCAACAGACAGCACAUCCGAGGCUUCCGAUUCAGCCAACACUGAAAGUCGAGGGUUUAAGACGAGUGGCUCCAGUGACUCUAUGGAUGCACUAGAAGAAGAUGAGUUGGAAGCUUGCUCUUCCUCCAGGCCAGAGUUCUUCCACUUCUACACACCAACAGUGCAGGAGAUGAGCAGCUCAGACAAGAGCUUCUUCCCCAUUCAUGCUGCAGGAGGCUCCAGCAGGGCAGAAACCAGAGACUACUUCUGUUUCUUGAAGGUACCGCAUGCAGAGGCGCCUGGGUGUGAAGACAGUCCCUCUGAGCAGAGAGGGGAGGACACUGCUGCGUCUGUGCUGGAGACCAAGCUGUCUGAGACAAACACCAUGGGCUACUACAGCCUAUGCUACAGCAUAUCACCUGCAAGCAGUGUGGAAAGGAACAACAUCAGUCGCAGCCCUCAAAGAAGCCUUUGGAAAGAUGGGUCUGCCCACGAAGAGGUACCAUGUGGGGCAGAGCAGACGGCAGAGGCGAGCAACCUCAUUUUGGAGCCACCCCCAGGCUUUGGUGACACCAGUUCUGAGGAGGAGUUCUAUGAUGCUGCAGACAGGCUUAGCCCUCCGGAUGCCUUGGCAGCAGGCUACAACAUGACGUCCCAGGAGGGUACAGACAACUCCUUCUGCAUCCUAAAGAAACCAAGGUGUUACAGCCUAGGGGAAAACGUGAUCACAAGGCAGACAGCAAGGGAGAAACACAGAAAGGAGAAGGAGCUGACAUAUGCCAAGAGCCUGAGGAAGAGGAGAUCUUUCCUGAAAACCGAUUACACCUCACAGGUCUCUUUCCCCUUGGCUUUGCCAGGCUCUCUGCAGAGCCGCUGCUCUUGGCCACCUGCCCCCCAACUCCUUGCUCAGCUCCCCGCUCCACCCUCCUCAGAGAACAUCGAAAAGGAUGCAGAGCUGGGACUUCUUGCUGCCACCCAGGCCCAGAGAGAUACUGCUAGCAUAAACCCAUCCUCUGACCCGAUGGAAAUGGAGCCUGACACCAUGGAAACAAAAUCAGUGACUGAUUCAGUGGUUUCUUCCAUUUCUGCUCUUCGCCUGCAGGGUGACCAGCACCCGGAGGAGAGUGCAGGCAUUGCCAUACAUGUGGACGGUGGCCUCCAACCUGCACAUGCUGUACAUCCACCUUUCCUGUCCCUGGAGGAACCUGUGCCCCUUGCUGGGGGACAAAGCAGAGCUGCCCAGGAAAGUUCCUCCAUGAAGACAAAUACUGGGUGGCCAAGUGAGGAGAGCUGUGUGGCCACUGGAGGCUGGCCAGCCCGAGUAGCACUGGAGGAUGUGGGUGAGGCAAUGGCAACCCAGCACAAGGUUAGUGAUGUACCCCCAUCCCUGGACCAAGUGGUGACCUCGCCUGCUAACAAACACACACUGCCACCAUCAGCUCAUGGCCCCAGCGUGGCCUCUCCCCAUGAGGUGGCCCAGGACAAGGAACUGCUCCCCACUGCUGGGAGGCAAGCAAUGUCUGAGGAGCCUGUCCCAGCUCCCUGUGAAGAAAGAAAAGCUAAUUGUGACAGCUGCGCUGAAAACAGUGGUGACAGUGCCUUCUCACAGGCAAAAAGCAGACAAGUGAUAAACAAGGAGGCCUUACAGAAAGUGCACAAUAAAAAUGUCGGUUUUCCAGAUGCAACCCAGCUCUUAACAGAUUGCAGCAGCACUUCAGGGGUUAUAACUCGCCUCUCCUGGCUCUCAUUUGGGGUGAGGACAGACCUCACAUCUCAGAAAAGCGCAGAUGUCCCACUAGAGCUUUUGGCCUCUCAGAAGAGCAAUGGGUGCCUGGAGGCUGAUGCUGUCGGAAGGGAGAUGCAAACAUCCUCAGCUGGACAACCCAUUGAGAGAGAGGUGGUAAGCAGCCUGGGGCUGGAUAAAGGAGAGCCCAGAAAAGAUGGAGGAAACGUGGCUCCCAAACAGCCACGGCCUGUCCAGACUCCUCUUCACAAAGAACAGGCUACUGAGGUGGGGAAGGAUGGUCCUCUGACUCCGUCUCUAGGGCUUUCCAUCUCCUCAGGCCCAAUACCUUUAGGCUUGUUGGGGAAACGAGCAGAAGACCAGGAGGCUUCAAAACACUCCUUCCUAUGCUUUAACCACAAGAAGGAUGAGCAGACCCCUUCUGACCCCAUUGUGACCAGGACCUUGGGUUUUCCCACAGCAAAGAUGACAUCUCCACCACAGGUUGGGAUGGACAAGUGCAGCUGUCGGCUGUCCUAUAUCAGCUGCUUCCACAGGCCUGCAGACAAGGGGGAAUGUGAAACCACCAUCCCCAUGUGCAGCACGUUUCUGGGACCCCUCACCACCCCACCAUCCAGCAGCCGCAGUCUUCUUGGGACCCCUGUGGGCAGUCACCCAGUCUCCAUUGCUAGGGAUGUGGCAUGGUGGGACCCUCAUGUCCAAGCCCUCAGCCAGCUGAAGGACCAAGCACGGAUGAGCCCUGCAGAUUUCUCCUGCUUCCUAGCCUACACCACAGAGCUUCAGGAGGUUGUGGGGAAGCUCUCUGGGAACCAGGCAACCCACCUGCAAGAUCAAUGUGCAGAGCAGGGUGCUGAGAGUAAGGGUGCCCUUGGCUUAGCCUGUCGGGACCUGCUGUCCAGUUGCCAGGAGCUCCUGAAAACAGAGCAGCCCCUCAAAGAGUUGCAGGGUGCACUGAAGGUGACAUUUAACCACCUGGUUCAGCUGGCAGUGGCCUGCUUCCAGGUGACGCACUGCCAGCUGUGCAGGCAGAGGCAGGAGGAGCUUGGGGCUGCGCUUGUGGAUGUGGUGGGCACCUACCACCAGCUUGUGCAGGCUGUCCACCAGCAGCUUUGCAGGCAAGGCUGCCCAGAUCUGGGUGCCAAGCUCCUUGCUCGCCAACACACAGCUCUUACAGCUGCCAUGUUUUGUCUCCUGCAGCAAUUCAGGGUACCCGCCUUGUCAUGAUGGGGCUGUUUGGUAGCACAUGAGUGCACUGGGUGGGGAAGAGCCCAGCCAUGUUCCCUCUGUCCACUACCAGGGUCUCCCACACAGGAUGUUUAGUCCCACAGUGUGAGAAUGGUCACGGAAGGACGUGUCCACGCAUGUCAGCUUAGCUCCACCAAGAGCUGCCCUGUCCAGGGGAUAGUCAUGGGGCAGGGCAUACUGCUCUCCAGCUUAGCUUUCUGUAAUUCUGCGUACACAGUCCGUAUGUAAUAUGCAAAUUCAUAGAGUACUUCAGUGGCUUAUGUAUCUUGCCUGGGGCUUGUCCCUCAUCUCCCAAAGGCCUUGCAGGUGGCCAGUCAACAAGGUGUUGUCUUAGCCUUCUUCUGUCGCCUGUGGAGAAAGACAGGAGCGUUUUGCCUGCCUUUCCUCACCCUCCUGACUCUCCAGGCAGACUCUGUGAACUUGAGUGAUGUCAAAUCCCACCCAGGCCUGACAUGAAGGAACCCAGGCUGCUUUGUUCACCUUCUGUAGCUGAGGGUGUGCCUGGACUCGUAAUGGAAACCUCUUUGGGAACAAAGCUGUGCUAUAUUUAACUGCUUUUCCUUGCAAGGGCUGAAGAGAGGGCUGUCCCAGGCCAGGGAGGCAACAUCAUAUCCUGCUCUUCUGAUAUGGUUUCUGCGUGUUACCCUGCUCUUCUAUUUCCAUUUGCUGAUGCUUGAGAAAGUUCCUGAUUAGACCCCGCCCCUCCCCCGCCAUGCUACUUUCAGAUCUGUGUCUUCCAGAAGGAACAUGUAAGCCCAGAGACUGAAAUGCCACCUUCAUUGGUGACCCAUUACGCUGGCCUCCUGAGGAGAGGGCAAGCCCCUUUUCCCAGUCUCAUCAGUAGCUCUUUUUCUGUCACGUGCGGUAUAUCCCUAGCUGAGUAUGAGCUGUUAGCCCUUGAAGGUCAUCUAUCUGUGCAUCCCCAGUGAAUCAGCAUGCCAGUGCUGGAGGCAUGACCUUAGUGUCUCUGAUGAAGCAGGCAGAGGCAGGUCCCCAUUGCUGGUGUCUAACCGAGGGGCUUGUUGGGGAACGGCUGGCUUUCUCUGAGCGGUGCCUGCAGCAGGAGUACUGCAUGACGAGCUGUUGCUGCAGCCAACUGUGCUCAGGAUGGAGGAGUCUGCACCAGAGGAGCAUGGGCGGGCCACAGGAGGCAGCCAGCUCUGCCACAUCUCCCCAAGCACAAGGGCAGUGUGGGGACAGGCUUGUCUUGUGGUUUUGUAACAUCUGAGGGAGCGCACCCCCACUUUUUGCUCAUUCUUUAAUGCUUCUGGAGGGAGAAAGGCAAGUUCUUGCAACUGAAGCCUGGUGUGGAAAAGGACGGCACCUGGGGCAGAAGGGACUGCUGCAGCACCCCUACAAGAGCUCCCUAACCAGGUAGACUCUAACAGCCAGGCAAGCGAACACCCACAGGAACCUGGCAACCUACAGCAGCCCUACGCCAGGUCCCCAACAGCUGCUGCUCUCACAGUGUGCCCACAGGCAAGCUAGCUACCCAAGAGCAGUCUGUUUUCCUGGCCACACAAGGACAGGGUGGCGGAAGUACUUCAGCCACUGGGGAGGGCAGCACUGCCAGGUGGUUUGGGUUAGUGUAUUCUGCUGCCUAGCAAACUCGGGCUCAAUUAGAAAGUUUAAGUCUCUUAUGCUGAAGCCCAAGUGCAGACCUUUAACUACACACCCACAGCUAAUGAGCAGGGGUACAAGAAAAGCGAGACCUGGAAGAGCCCAUGGGACACGGAAAGAGGGCACAGCAAAGCAACAGGGACCAGCAGACACAAAUUGAGUCUACAUAGGGAGCAACAGCCAGUGUCCACCAACAGCUUCUGCUGCAGCAGGCCCUACUGACGCUGUAGGCACUGAACUCCAGGUGUUGUAAAAGGCUCUUGAUGUGAAGGAGAAAUGCAUAAGCAUAUGAGAUAGUGGUUUACCUCAGAAGACGUUCAAGUCCUUCCACUGGUGGUUAGACAUAGUCAUCAGAAAUAAGGGCUUUUUUUGUUUGUUUGUUUUUUUUUUCCCAGCAACAACGUGUGAAGUAACAUAUCAGUUUAGAUGCAUGAAAAAUGCUUUCUGCUGUGCCCAUGAAAUACAUCACU